ACCAUCGACCAUAAUUCCAUACACUGAUACACAUCAAAGUUUCCCCAGUCGAUCCUCCUUUACGUAAAUUCCAUUCCAAGCAAUAGCCCUAGCUUGUACAACUCUCACCCUUUCUAAAUCUCUCAUUCCCAUAUUUUCAUAACCUCUCUCUCUCUCUCUCUCUCUCUCUCUCUCUCUCACAGCUAGCACAAACAUGUCUCUAACUCAAAAGGCCAGUACAGGUUUCUCCUUUUUCUUUCUUGUUAAUCUCAUCUGCUUCGCAUCCCCGUCAUCCUCCGCAACCGACACGUUCAUCUACGGCGGUUGCUCACAGAUUAAGUUCCUCCCGGGGACGGCCUACGAGAUGAAGCUCAACUCCAUAUUGGCCUCCGUGGUCAACUCAGCCAUGUUCACUACUUACAACAAUUUCACCGUCCCCGGCUCGUCGGGCGGUGCGGACACCCUCUACGGCGUGUUCCAGUGCCGCGGCGACCUGAGCGGCACUGACUGCGCGCAGUGCGUUUCACGGGCAGUCAGUCGGCUCGGCACACUCUGUUUGGACGCGUGCGGCGGCGCGUUGCAGCUCGACGGGUGCUUCGUCAAGUACGACAACGCCACUUUCUUGGGGGUGGAGGACAAGACGGUUGUAAUGAACAAGUGUGGGCCGUCGAUUGGGUACGACUCAGAAGGGUUGACCAGGCGGGAUGCUGUGUUGUCGUACUUAGGGACCAGCGACGGUGCCUACCGGCCGUUCAGGGUGAGCGGCGCCGGAAAUGUUCAGGGCGUGGCGCAGUGCGUAGGGGACUUGAGUCCGAGCGAGUGCCAGGAUUGUCUCUCCGACGCCGUAGGGAAGCUGAGGGCGAGCUGUGUGACCAGUAUUUGGGGAGACAUGUUCUUGGCCAAGUGCUACGCACGCUACUCUGAAGGUGGAUAUCACUCUCAGGGCCAUGAUCACGAUGACGAUGACGAUGGCGAUGAUGAUCUUGAUAGGACACUUGCAAUUCUGAUCGGCAUCAUAGCAGCAGCUGCAUUACUCGUCGUAUUUCUUUCUUACUUCAAAAAAUACUUGUGUGGAGACGAUUGUGAUAUCAAAGGUGGAAAAUAAGUUGAGACCUGUGGAUAUGUCUGCAAGUAGUACUGCAACUCUCACUUGUUCUUUCCUGGUAACUCACAUGGCUUUAGGUGCAUGUCAAGUUGUUUUUCUCUUUUCUUUUCAAUUCAAUUUUUAUUUUUCUCCUCCAUAGCUCUUCUGAAGUCUCUGCUUUAUAUUUUUCUGUAAAGAGCACAACAGUGAGGGUAGAUAGAAAAGGAUGUGUAUGGAUAGACAAGCCAUACAUAAAGCUAGCUACUUUGAAAGUUUAAAGAAAGUGUAAUGAAGCUUUCAAUAAGAAAAAAAGAAAAGCACAGAAAGAUUCCUACUAAGGCCCUUUUUCAGAUAAGUCUAUAGCAUUUUGUAAGGUUAAUUAGCUUGUUUACAAGUUCAUGUGUAUAAAGAGCACAAGUAGCCUUCUGGGAAAAGUGCCCAUUGUGAUGCUUUUUCUUUCUUGUUUUUUUUUUAUGGUUGUGGUCUGAGACUUUUGGCAACUUUGAAUAGAGUGGGAAGCUUUUAAUUUGAAACAGAAGUUGGAUUGCUGUAUAGAAUUUUAUCUCAU